GCCGCCUAAAGACGAACUGGUACAGCGCCAUUAUCCGCUGUCUUCCAGCGGAGCUUAGGCCCACCUCAACCCAUCCAUCCAAUCCAUCAUCUCAGCCUCCCCCCGUAUCGUCAUCGCUUCCGUUCGUUCUGCGCCUUGUAUGCGGCGCAACCUAUCGACGACAACCCGACAGCUCCGCGCAUCCUCCGUCUCCCGCUGCCAUCUCCUUCACCAUUGCGUCUAUCACAGUCGCAUUCUAGUGAAUUGCUAGGGGUUUGGCUUGUCUUGACCUACUCCGAGCUACCCCGCCGUCACAGCCCGACAAGAUGGCCACGCCAGCUCCCCCCGAGGACCAGGCUCGUCUGCUUGAAGAUGCUCUCGUUGCCGUGCGACAGCAGACGUCCCUUAUGCGCAAAUGUCUCGAUACUCCUGGAAAGCUAAUGGAUGCGCUCAAGUGCUGCUCGACUCUGGUUUCUGAGCUUCGCACAAGCAGUCUUGGACCCAAGCAAUACUACGAGCUGUACAUGUCAGUGUUCGACGCCCUGCGAUACUUAUCUGUCCAUCUUCGCGAAAAUCACCCUGUCAACCACCUGGCCGACCUAUACGAGCUCGUCCAGUAUGCAGGCAACAUCGUUCCACGAUUGUAUCUUAUGAUUACUGUGGGAACCGCCUACAUGGCCAUCGAAGAUGCGCCUGUCAAGGAGCUCAUGAAGGACAUGAUGGACAUGAGCAGAGGCGUUCAGCAUCCUAUUCGUGGUCUCUUCCUCCGAUAUUACCUGUCUGGCCAAGCGAGGGACUACCUGCCAACUACUGAGAGUGACGGUCCUGAAGGCAACAUUAGCGAUUCCAUCAACUUCGUGCUUACAAAUUUCGUCGAGAUGAAUAAGCUAUGGGUUCGUCUACAACACCAAGGCCACUCGAGAGAGCGCGAGCAGCGAAUUCGGGAGCGAAAGGAACUGCAGCUACUGGUCGGCAGCAAUAUUGUACGCCUGAGCCAGCUUGUUGAUCUUGAAACGUACAAGUCUAGUAUUCUAGCACCGCUGCUAGAGCAGGUGGUUCAAUGCCGGGACGUUCUCGCCCAAGAGUAUCUCCUUGAGGUGAUUACGCAAGUUUUCCCGGACGAAUUUCACCUGCACACCUUGGACCAAUUCCUUGGUGCCGUUUCACGCCUCAACCCCCAUGUCAACGUCAAGGCCAUUGUAAUUGGUCUGAUGGAUCGAUUGUCUGAAUAUGCUGAACGCGAUGGGCCGGAGGACAAGUCGGACGACAGAGCUCAAAUUGAGGCGGAUGCACUGGCAAAACUGUUGGAGAAGGUAAACCUUCAAAAAGAAGCAUCAACAACCACACCUUCAGAGUCUAAGCAAUCUGAAACUGAUGGUAAAGCGGGUGAGUCUACUGAAGAUGCCGAAUCCGCCGAUGCCGACAGUACACCCGAGGGCGAGGAGUCUACAGCCAAGGCCACCGAUGAGACUCCAGAGGAAACUGCUGGUGAGAGCAGCAACGACGACUCUAGCACACUCGCCGAGUCUACACCUUCAGUUGCGGAUACGGAAACCACCGCUGUGAACGGUCAAGGGUCAAUCACAGACACCGUGCAGCUUUACGAGGUUUUCUUCGCCCAGGUCAAGAACCUGGUGGAGGCCCAGCAUCUCCCUGUGCAAGACAUUAUUGCACUCCUGGUGUCACUUUGCAACCUUGCGCUUAACAUUUAUCCCGACAGACUGGACUACGUUGACCAGAUCCUGGCUUACGCAACUACCAAGGUUCGAGAGAAUAUCAACAAUGCCGACCUUCACUCGCCUCCUGCUCAGCAGAGCCUGCUUGCUCUUCUUCAGGCGCCCCUUAACCGAUAUGUUUCCACUUUCACUGCUUUGUCUCUUCCUACCUACGUUCCUCUCUUCCAGUCGCAAUCAUACCCUACCCGCCGAGCCGUUGCUGGUGGCGUCGCUCGCACUUUGCUCAAGAACCAGACCAAAAUCUCGACUACAGAACAGCUCGAGAACGUGUUGGAGGUACUCAAGGUCCUCAUCAAGGAAGGUUCCCAGGCGCCUCAAGGAUACCCAGGUGUUACCCAAAGACGUCCCGUGGAGACAGACGAGACGAUGGAGGAGCAGGGAUGGCUCGCCAGGAUCGUGCACUUGCUGCAGGCCGAGGACAACGAUACUCAGUUCAAGCUGCUCCAAAUGACAAGAAAGGCGUACUCGGAAGGAAACGAGCGUAUUCGCACGACGACGCCACCUCUUAUCACAGCAUGCAUGAAGUUGGCGCGAAAGUUCAAGCAGCGUGAGCACUUUGACGACAACUGGGAGACACAGAGUAAUGCUCUGUUCAAGUUCAUGCACUCGGCGCUCAGCACGUUGUACACCCGUGUUAACGGCUCUGGGGCUGCAGAGAUGGCGCUGCGUCUCUUUGCCUCUGCUGGUCAAACAGCCGAUCUGACCGGGUUUGAAGAGGUUGCAUAUGAAUUCUUUGCGCAAGCCUUCACAGUGUAUGAGGAGGCAGUUUCGGAUUCGAAGGCUCAGUUCCAGGCUGUCUGUGUGAUUGCUACUGCUCUUCACCAGACACGCAACUUUGGAAAGGAGAAUUACGACACUCUCAUCACCAAGUGCGCACAGCACGGCAGCAAACUGCUACGCAAGCCUGAUCAAUGCCGCGCUGUGUAUCUGGCGAGUCACUUGUGGUGGGCGACUCCGAUGGUGUCGAAUGGCGAGUCGGAAGAGACAGAGCUUUACCGUGAUGGUAAGCGAGUACUCGAAUGUCUUCAGCGUGCCCUUCGUGUUGCCGAUUCCUGCAUGGAGACGGCCACAUCGAUUGAACUCUUUGUUGAGAUUCUGGACCGCUAUGUGUAUUACUUUGACCAACAAAACGAAUCAGUCACAACCAAGUACCUCAAUGGUCUCAUUGAACUCAUCCACUCUAAUCUGGCCGGCAACCAACAAGAUUCUGCUUCAGUUGAGAACAGCCGCCGGCACUUCCAUCAGACAUUGGAGAACAUCCGAAGUCGACAAUAUGAGGGAGUCGUUCUGACACCGAACUGAGGUGUAAUUCAUUGGUGACUGAAGGAAAGAGAUGCUGAUUGAGCGGCAUAGCGAUAGAUAAUGUUUAGCCUGCAGGCAUGAAUCGAGGAGGCCGCAGGUCCACUAGUUGUAUAUAUGUAAACUUUGCCCAAAAAUUGAUGGUAUGCGCGGUGAAGCCAAGCUAAGUCUCCUGCGACAGCGAGAGUUUUGGGGCCAUCAACCCCUGAUCAAGAGAUAUACA